UGUAUAGAGGACCGUGCAGGCAUUUGCGAGGUUGCUGCUGAUUGGUAAGGUUUUUUUUACUCUCACCUAUUUCAUCAAUCUUCCCAAACAGUAGCACACGACGAGGCACUUGGCCAGUGACCUCUCACAUUCCUGUUCGGUGAGGAAUGGCCUUGUUCUUAAUUCCCGUUGUAUCUUUACCUGAGCUUUCCAAGAAGAACCGAAACUCUCCCAUAUACGUCUGCGAGAGCCAUCCAUCGAGACAAAUGGGGUGGCACUCUUUCAGUUCCCCGUUAUGUCGCGCCUACCUCCGAAUCGCUCUCGUUCGGUGCGGUCACUACUCAGGUGGGUUCAAUCGCUGCGAGGAUGCGAGUGUUGAUUGCCGUGAUCUAAUUUCAACUAACAAUUUUCAGUCGCAAUCGGCAACACGACCGCCUGGCCUCCAGUCGCCUGCUGCCGCUUCCACUAACCUCACACCACAUAUCAACCUGGUAGUCUCUUCGUGUGGAUCAUGCAUGAAGCCGAUUAUCGAUGUUCCUCUUACACUGGGUAAACAGGUACGUUCAGUUGCUUUUCUCGUCCAAAAUCACAAUCCACAGGAGCCCAGAUUAAUACUGGAGAACUUGGAAGCAGCCGCUGGCGCUUUUCAAGUUGCCUGUGGAUCAGCUUCAAAGGCGUUCCCUGAUAAUUCAGUUGCAAUUGUAGUCCCUUGUCGUAUCUCGUAUGGUCACUACACCCCUUGAAUCGCAUCUCAUCACGAAUUGGUGACAUUAUAUUUCGCCCAACCAAAACCAAUACGUGGAUUAGCGCGCAGAACUUCCCAAAUAUCGAUCUCGGUUUAGUGAAGGUAUACUGCAUGCGCGGAUGCAUAGUUGAUCCCAAUCUGCCAGAGAGGAGAGAAUGCAGCUGCUGGUUCGUUUUUCACAGACGAUAGACGUUACUCGGUCUGGAGGCUCUUACUACAAAAUGGAGAAGAACCAUCACUGAUUGAGAAUGUGCUG